AUGGCUCCCUCGGCGAAGCAACUUGCUUUUCUCGUGUCUGCAGCCGUCCUAGUGCUGCUAUUCUCCUCUGCCCAAAUAGAGGCAAGGGCCACCGGCGACAGCUUCUUUAAUGCUUUUCCUCAGGAGUUCAAUUCCGCCGAUGACCAAACCGGUCGCAAUAACGGCUACUACAGCAACAACGGCUACAAUGCCAAUUACUAUAAUAAUAGAAAUAAGUACGCCAGCGGGCAGGGAUACAAUGGGUAUGAGGAGCCCAAAACGACAACGGCCGAGUACCAAAACAGCAACGACAAUGGCUAUUCCUCCAGCAGCAGCAAAUCUUACGACUCUUAUGGCUACGGCAGCAACAACAAUAACUACAACAGCAAUAGGAACAGUAAUGGGUAUGAUCAGGUCUUCAAUGAAAACAGCCAUGAUAAUGGCAAAAACGGGUUCACGUUGGACGGGAAGCCCUCAUAUGUAGCUCAAAAUGAGAAUCCUGCAGGGGAAUACUACGGGCAGGUAAAAGAAGGUUAUGGUAGCAACAACAACCAGAAAUAUGAAUUUGAUACUAAUAUGGAAGAGAAGUUUAAGCGCCAGGGAUACAUACCAUGA